AUGCAAAAGCUUGGCAGCGAUGACGCGAAGCGUGUGCUGCUCGUCGGGUUGAUCAAGUCGGUACGAGAGCUUUACGAAACUUCGGUAGUCGAUUCCAUCAGCAAGAUUUGCUUUCGAUAUCAAAGUAGAGCGUCUGAGACAAUGGACGAAGGAUUUGUCGAACUUCAAGUCCUCUACCAACAAGAGGGCACGGACAAUCCCAACUCCAUCAUUGGACCGCUGACGGAAAGGCUACAAUCAGCAGGGUGCAGAACCAACUUUAUUCGUGAAGAUCGAAUUCUUACAAAGUCAGACAUGGACCAUAUCGAAAGAUCAGCGUCCGACACCAUGUCGCGAUACCGAAAGCUGGCGAGAUUACGGUCCGUUCAAAGAAGCCACAUCCUCAGCGAACAUUCCGUUCACGACUACGAUGUCGUUGUUAAUGCUGACUUGGAUAUUGUGCAGUUCCCGCCACUGGAUGCCAUGAUGGAGGCAAUCGAUAGGGCCUCGGAGGCCACGAAGCAAGGUGUCGGCUCUGUGGUUUGUGCCAACGGGCACGAAACAUGGACCGUGGGAUCUUCCUUGAUUCAACGGCGCCUAUACUAUGAUACUUUUGCUGCGAUCGACAUUGAUGGAGAUUGGUACUAUACCAAAUACGCUGCCGACUUGUGGCAAAUCAUCACGUUCGGACAGACAAGACUUUUUCGGAACAUACUCGAGCAACAUCCGUCGCUGUGGCAAAUGCAAACUUGUUUCGGAGGUCUCGCCUUGUAUGAUUACCCUUCUUGGGCGAACAAUGACUGCGAUUACGAUCAGGACAAAAUUGCGUUGAGGGCGACGGGCGAUGAUGACGCAUUGGCCAUCUCUACUAGACAAAUACGGGGAGUCCCCGCAUUCGAACAGAAAAUAGAGCACUUUCAAGAUGGUGUGAAAGCUCAAAUACCGUGGAAACUGCCAUCCAGAUAUACGAUAAAUCAUACACCCAACGGCGAUGUUUGUGAACAUGUGGUCUUCCAACAAUGUCUGCAAGCUUCGGCGCGCUCACGAGCCGAACCAUUGCCGCAUGUGGGUAUACAACCGAAUUUGCUUAUUGGGAGAGAAGCAGCUAUUCUGUCCAAGUGGGAGGACAAGGUGAACUUCUGCAGGAAGGUCUUGCUCGUGCUGCUCGUGCUUUAUAUCAUCUCCAUUCUUGUUAAUCAUAUGCGAGAAUUUCUGGAGCAGAAAUAUCGAAACUAUGGGGUCGGGGCCAUGAGAAGGCGUUCUUCUGAUGGGCACUUCCACAAAGCAUGA